UUUCUUUCUUUAACCGAAAUUGCCGUUUAUCACUCUUUUUUUAACUUUCAGCAUUACAUUUUUCUCUGUUUUUCCGGGAAACCAAACCGAAUUUCCUUAAGCAUCUUAGUUAAGAAUUGAAAAGAUAAGGUUUUCGUUUCUCAUGCUAACAACGAUUCCAUGCCUGUGUUGUGUUUGAUGUUAUGUGCCUAUGAAAACUUGUUUUGAGUUAGGGUCUAAGGAUAAAAUCAUAUGAGAUAUAUGACUUUGUUUCUUUUCUCAGAUAGAAUAUUGUUGUGGUGGAUAAUUUUACUGAAAAUUGGAGUUUUUUUGUAAUUGCUGGUUGAGGGAAAAAAAGUAGCAAUUGGUGUAGUAGUGGUGGUAAGGAGUCAAUCAUAUAACCCAAGCAGUGUAGGUGAAAUGAGUGAAUGUUUUUGGUGUCAUGUGUGAUAUAAAAGUACUACUAAAGUUUAAAGGAAAUUUUUUAUCACACAACCAUCAAGUCUACCAGAGUAGUGCUGCUAGCAACACAAACUUUAACACUUUCUUUCCAACAUUCACUCUCUUGUUCAUGUGGGUCCUACCACCCACUUUAUGUAGGACAUAUUGUUAAUAUGGUGGGACUCGUAUGAAUUUUACUGAAAAAGAUAAUGAAUAUUGUUCAGUCCAUAACUAGAAAUGAUUGGUGAAUGCCUUGAUGCGGCAGAGUUGUGUUUCUGGUAUGGUGGUGGAGAAGGGAUUGACCUUCAAGGUUAACACUUAAACUCCCAGUGAGAGAGUGGGAAAUAAUGUGAGAAUGAAUUUGAAUCAUACAUUUUUUCACAUAAGAUCUCUUAUAUAUGAAAUUUGGUUGAGGUGUUCAAGAUCUGAAUCAAAUGUGAGCCUUUUCUUUUUGGGCAUAUGGCCAGCCCAGAAGAAAUGUCAAAAAAUGUGUUAAGAGUAAGUCUUGCUAGCACUCCUCGACCGACAAUGCUGUAGGAGAUUGAAUGUAGGGUGGGAAAGAGCCUACAAACAAGUGAAAUAUUUUAGAUUUCAGGUUGUACCUAACUUACCUAACUUAACCGGCUUGUAAGGUAAGAUGAAUGAUGCCUCCUACUUAUAAGCAUAUUUUCAUACUAUAUUUUAUAUGAUAUGAGACUCUAAAUUAACUUAGGGUCACAUGGAUGAGAAUAUUAAGACUGAUGAGUGGUCACACAAGUAAAGCUAAGGUUACAAAUUGGAAUGAUUCAUAUCCGACCUAGAUAAGGUGGUAGAAUGGAAUCCUGUCUUAGGUGGUUUGUUCAUUUUUAUAGCUCUCUUUUUCUUGAGAUUUCAUCAUUAUGUCGCGUUGGCAGUUUGAGUGUAAUUGUUGUGCAUUAGGCGGUGAAUUAAGGAACACGGUAUCCCGUUAUUUUAUACAAUAGUUGUGAAUUAGGAUAUAAAGAUUGUCAUCCCUACAAUUUGGAAGCCAAAACUGUCAUCUUUAAGUCAUUCUUUAUUCUAACUUUUGGUGUUUGUUCUAAGUAUCAAUAUAUGGCCACUAAAUUUGAAACACAUUGUUGAGAAUGUCGAAAAGUUCCCUUUUCUCAUAUCCUUGACAGGGGAAGUUAAACCUCUUCGUGAUGGAAAUCAAUAUUUCAAGGUGUCAUCAUCUAGAAGCACAAGGGAUAUUCUUUUCCAAUAUUUCGAGGACAAAAGGAAGAAAAAUUUCUCAUAAACUUCUGUGCAAUGUAGUAUCCCUGAAUUCAAGAUGGGACUUUCAAAUAUUAGCCUCUUCGUGCCAAACAUUUACUGCAGUGUAUCCAAGAAGGCCUUUUUUUUGUAGAACACAUUCAAUGGCAACUCGUAUAGAGGAAUCUGAAUCAUUACAAGGAGAUAAUCCUAAUGAGGAUAUGGAUCCAUCUACAGACUCAGAAGACGAGAGAUUGUCACAACCACUUACCAAUGAACAGAUAAAGGUAUUGCUUGCUGAUACUCAAAGAGCAAACCUCACUAAGAAGCUUAGUGAAGCCAACCAACAAAAUCGAUUCCUAAAAAGACAGUUGUAUAUAAAGGAGGAUGCAUUGGUAACGUUUAAAAGUGAACUUGCUGUCCUAGAGCUUGAAGUUCAGGCUUUGGCCAGGCUAGCAGAAGAAAUAGCUAAAUCUGGUAUUCCAGAAGGUUCGAGGAAGAUCAAUGGAAAGUACAUUCAUACUCACCUUGUUGGUAGAUUAAAAGCUGUACACGAGCAAUUAAACGAGCAAAUAAAGGAUGUUGAUGCGGCACAAUCAAAGGAGGUCUCUGUGUUUUGGGCCGGCAUGGCUGAGAGUGUGCAAAUUAUGGGCAGCUUUGAUGGUUGGAGCCAAGGAGAGCACCUUUCACCAGAGUAUACAGGUUCCUACACAAGGUUCUCAACAACAUUGAUGCUCAGGCCUGGAAGGUAUGAAGUCAAAUUCUUAGUAGAUGGUGAAUGGCACCUAUCAUCAGAGUUACCUGUAACUGGUGAAGGGUUAAUGAAAAAUAAUUUGUUAAUUGUUGAGUGAGUAAUAAUUGUUGUUUAAUUAAUCCCAGCAGCACUUGCAUAUAAGUUGUUUAAUCACAAGUCGUUUUUAUAAGCUAACAAGUCUAUCUUCACAUAUACUAUUGUAAAUGUUAAUGAAAUGUGUUAUAUUUGUCA